AUGGCUCAACUCCUACCAGGCAAGGUGGCUGCUAUUACAGGCGCAGUGACGGGCAUUGGGAAAGCAAUCGCAAUCGACUAUCUCAAGCACGGUGCAUUAGUGGCUGUGAACUAUUACCCAGACGACAAGUCGAAACAACAAUUCGAAGACCUUAAGCAGGAAGCUGGCGCAGGCGACAAGCUUAUUGGCGUGGCAGGAGAUAUAACGGAACCAGCGACUGGACAGGAAUUGGUGGAGCAAGCGGUGGAGAGAUUCGGAAAACUGGACAUCUUUGUGAGCAAUGCUGGCGUGUGCCAGUUCGCAGACUUCUUGACAAUAUCGCCAGAUCUCGUCAACCACACCAUCUCCACAAACCUGAACGGCGCAUUCUUUGCAGUGCAAGCCGCGGCGCAGCAGAUGGCGAAGCAGGAGCCUCAAGGAGGCAGCAUCAUCGGCAUUUCGUCUAUCUCAGCCCUUGUUGGUGGAGCUGGCCAGACACACUAUACACCCACGAAGGCAGGCGUCCUCUCGCUCAUGCAGAGUACGGCUUGCGCUCUCGGCAAACAUGGUAUCAGGUGCAACGCGCUCUUGCCUGGGACAAUCCGGACGCAGUUGAACGAUGAAGAUCUCGCAGAUGAGGACAAGAGGAAGUACAUGGAAGCUCGAAUACCGCUUGGCCGGCUGGGAAGGACCAAAGAUUUGGCGGGUCCAGCAGUUUUCCUGGCUAGUGAUUUGAGCGAGUAUGUGACCGGCGCGCAGCUCUUGGUCGAUGGUGGUCUUUUUGUGAACCUGCAGUGA